UUUCAGUGGAGCUGCACCAAUCGUGGUGAAAGAAGCUGCACCAUUCCACAGCAGCAAGCAGACUGCCUUGAACAAACCGUUUCCAGCCCUCUGAAGUUAGAUUCAGCAUUCUAGAUGGCAGAUAAGACUAAAUUUUGUCCAUGUGACCUUGGAGAUGUGUUUGAUUAUCAACCUCUGGGACAAGAAGUGUCAAUUGAGCAUAUUAAGGCCUAUGUGAAGAAGCCCUCUUCCCAGACUGAUGCAGCUGUAAUUGUGAUUCAUGAUAUAUUUGGAUGGCAACUCCCAAAUACUAGAUAUAUUGCUGAUUUGGUUGCUUCCAAUGGAUACAUUACAAUUUGUCCAGACUUUUUUAAGGGAGGAGAACCUUGGAAACCAUCUGAUGAUAUAUCUCAAUUAGGUGAAUGGCUAAAAACACGAGAUCCCAAAAAUAUAGAUAAGGAAAUCGAUGUAGUCUUGAGAUAUUUGAAGGAAGAAUGUUAUGUGACAAGGAUAGGCGUCAUUGGCUUCUGUUGGGGUGGAUCUGCUGUACAUCAUCUGAUGUUGAACUAUUGUAUAUUUACUGCAGGCGUGUCCCUCUAUGGAUCUGUCGGUUUAAUGGAGGACAAUUUCAAUCUGAAAAAUCCCACAUUUUUCAUUGUUGCAGAGAAGGAUGAGGUCGUUCCUGUUGACCGGUAUAUUCAGGUAACAAAGAAGUUGAAAAAGGAAUGCAAAGUUGAUUUUGAAGUGAAAAUAUAUCCUGGGCAGACACAUGGCUUUGUACACCGCAAGAGAGAAGAUAUUAAUCCUCAAGAUAAACCUUACAUUGAGGAAGCAAGGAGGGACAUGUUGGCUUGGCUGUGUAAAUAUAUUUAGUAAUAGGUGUACUCAAUCAAAAUGUGAGAGUUUUCAUGAGUAGAAAAAAGUAAUGCUAAAUGAAUCUUUAACAUCAAAAUGUAAGUUGUGAUUACUUAAAUGCAUAAUUCUCUUUGCUAUAAGCAAAUGUCUACAGCAAUAAUGAGUCUCAGUUGCUGCUUGGAACAACCUCUUCCCCUAAUCCACAUACCUGCCAGUGUCAGGCUAUAUGAUUCUUUGUUCUGGCAUGCAAACUUGUUUUAUACCUUCCUCUCCCGUACCAUGCUGUCAAAUCAGCAAACAAACCAAGCAUGAUAUUUCAACUUUGGUCAUGGUUAGAGAAUACAGUGGCCAAUUAAUAUACUGAGGUCUCCCCAUAAUUAUCACAUAGGAGCAGUGCUAGAAGGGCAUAAGUUUAAGAAUUACUCUAUUAUAGCUUCAAAAAAUGGAUCUUGAUACACUAUUGAAAGGCAAAGAUUUUAAUUUAAUAUUUUUCAAAAAACAAAUUAAGAAUUGGUCCUAAAAUAAAACAGGGGUCUUUGGGUUAUCUGUGAUGUACAUGUUUAAAUUUUUCAUAGGACUCCUAGAAGAAAACUAUAACUGUAUUUUCUAUGUGUCCUAACUGUUAAAAUAUGGAGAUAUGUUUAAUCUGUUUUUCCAUGCUGAUUCCUUCAUUCAAUAAAGUUUUACAUUUUGAUGUCAGUUCAGUGGAUAAUAAAGGUAGUAAUUUUAAAAUACUUACUUUACAAAAUUUCAAGAAUCAUGUCAAAUUAACAUUUUUAAUUAUGCAAACACAAAUUAAUAAAAGCUUUCAGAUUUUUCAA